UCGGAGUCGUCGCCUUGCAAGUUGCAAAUUAUUGCUUCUCUUUUCUUUCUCCUCCAAGCUAUUGUUAGCUAGAUCAACAUCAAACAUUUCCUGCAUCCUUCAUCCAGAGCUAUGGCAGGAGCUUUGGUAGGUGCCACGGCUGGCUUCUUCGCCAACAAGGUGGCAAUUCUCGUCGAACUCGACGAGAAACUCAAGGCGAUGGCUGGUACCAAAAGGAAGAUAGAGAAGUUCAAGGAGUUGUUGACGAACACUGACUCGGUGAUCCAAAACGUCGAGUCCCGCCCUUCUAUUAACCCUGAUGUGAAGGAGUUGCUGAAGAAGCUCAAAUACUUGGCCUACGAUCUCGAGGAUGUUGUGGAUUAUUAUGACACCAAAGUCUUGCAGAAGAAGCAGAGAUCAAACACUGCUUUAAGGCCGGUGCGUGAUUUCUUCUCUCCUAAUAAUCAAGUUGUGUUUAAGAGUAGGAUAGGCAGCAUGAUAAAAGCUAUAACAGAAAGUCUGGAAUCUAUUUUGCUGCAAAAGUCCAUUCUUCUCAAUUUGCCACCAGGCAUGUCGCAACCAAGUCCUUACAGAGAGAACCACUCCCGCAAUAGGUUUGUUGUUAAAGGGAGAGAACCAGAGAAGCAGAUGAUUGUCAACAUGUUGAUAGAUGAUGAUGAAAGCAGCCAUGAUACAGUGAAGGUCAUUGCCAUCGUUGGGAUGGGUGGCCUGGGGAAGACUACACUUGCUCAGCUUGUUUACAAUGAUCAGAGGGUGCAAGAUCAUUUUGCAAGUCCAACAAUGUGGACAGUUGUUGGGGCAGAAUUUGAUCCUGCAAACAUAAUGAAGUCUGUAUUAGAGUUGACUACUGAGGCAACAGUCAACAUCUCAGAAAUAGAUUUAGUGAGGCAGAAACUGGAAAAAGCAUUAUCUGGGAAGAGAUUUCUGCUUGUGCUGGAUGAUGUAUGGAAUGAAGAUCAAGAAAAGUGGGAUGUACUGAAAGCAACCUUAAUAUGUGGGGCGAAAGGAAGCAAAAUUUUGGUGACAACCCGUAGCCAAAACGUCUCUUCAAUUAUGGGCUCAUCCAAUACCACCACCCACCAAAUACAACAGUUGUCCAAAGAUGAUUGUUUGUCCUUGUUUCAACAAUUUGCUUUUGGAGACAACGAAGCAGAUGAUCAUCAAAACUUGAUGGAAAUUGGUGGAAAGAUUGUUGAGAAAUGUGGCGGUGUUCCUUUGGCUGCCAAAUCACUUGGUAGCAUGCUCCGUGGCACUCGAGAUGAGACUUAUUGGUCCUCCGUAUUGAAGAGUGAAAUAUGGCAGCUCCGAGAUGAGGAACAGAAAGUGUUAGCUGUACUAAAAUUGAGCUAUGACGUUCUCUCUCCACAGUCAAAGAAGUGUUUUACAUUUGGCUCCUUGUUCCCGAAAGACUAUCCGAUGCGAAAGGAUGAAUUGAUAAAGCUGUGGAUAGCAAAUGAUUUUGUACGUUCAGAAGGAAAUUUUGAUGCGGAAACAAAUGGCAACCACAUCUUUGAUGAUCUUGUGAGGAGAUCAUUCUUUCUCUUGGACCUUUUUGAAGAUGAUCCUAAUGUAGCAAACAUCACGAUGCAUGAUUUGAUGCAUGAUCUGGCACGAUCUGAAUCUGCAUAUGCAUAUUGGAAUUCUUAUCAAGACUCGGUGGAAGUUAUUCAAAAACGAGCAUAUCAUUUGCAAGUAGUUGAAGGAAAGUUACCAGACAUGACUCAGGUCUUCGGCAAGAAACCAUUGUACUUGCGCACUUUUAUGUCCCUUAUGCCCCGAUAUUCAUCUUCAUUGAGUAUCAAUCUGCUUGAAGUCUUCUCGAAAUUGAAAUACUUGCGGGCGUUAGAUUUAACUGGUUGUGGCAUCAGGAAGAUAUCGGCGUCAAUAGAAAAUCUGAUACAUUUGAGGUACCUCAACUUAUAUUACAAUACAAUUGAAGUUCUACCCGACUCUAUAACCUAUCUAUCCAAUUUACAGUAUCUCAAUCUCGGUUUCAAUCACGAACUUCGAGAGCUACCAAAAGAGUUAGGGAAUAUGCAAAACCUUCGGGAACUUGAUUUAGUAAUGGAUAAUAGAUUGAUACACAUUCCCUGUGGAUUAUCUCGGCUAACUAACCUUCGAAGUUUACCUGUCUUUAUUGCUAGUGACAAAACUGGCGCAUGCUCAAUUAGGGAGCUUGAGGAUUUGAAGCUUCAGGGAGAAAUGAUAAUUAAAUUUUCUGAUGAUUUUAAGAAUUAUUCUUGCAGUGGAAGAAAAAUCUUGAAGAAUAAAGUUCUUAAUAAACUACUCAUAGAGUUUAAUGGUUCAGGAAGUUAUCACAAGGACAUGUUGGAUGAUCUUUCUCCCAACACGACCUUAAAGAAGUUGCAUAUAUCGAACUAUACAAGCCCACAAUUUCCAACAUGGAUGAAAGAGCUACAACUGCCAAAUUUGGUUGAAGUUCACCUCCACUGUAGUUGUGGGCAUAUUCCUCCUCCAUUUCGAAAUCUGCAGUCUCUCAAGAGACUUACUUUCUCUAUGCAUGGCAUUACACAUCUGGGCGCUGAGUUCCAUGGGUCAGGAGGCUUUCCUUCCCUUCAAGAACUCAAAUUGUCUCGCAUGGAUGAUUUACAGGAAUGGUCAGAGUCUCAUGUUGAUGAUCAGUUGUUCCCUUCUCUGCGGUGGCUGCACAUUUUCCGAUGUCCUAAUUUGAAAAGUACACCGAGGCUUCCCACACUCCGACACCUUGAGAUAUUAUGCUGCAGUCAGAGCAUACUCUCAUGUAUCGGUAGGCUAACUUCUCUUUCUUUUCUCAGAGUGCAUAGUAUCUAUGGCGUGACAUCUCUUCCAAGUGGCUGCAUCAGAAACCUUACAUCAUUGACGGAAUUACAAAUUAUAUCAUGCAGACAACUCCAAUCUCUUCCUGGGGAUGAAAUGCAGUACCUUCAAAUGCUUCGUUCAUUGACCAUUGAAGGGUGUAUUAAUUUGGCAUCCUUCCCGUCGGAAGUGGGGAGUCUCACUUCUCUUUGUCGUCUACAGCUCUCACAAUGUCCAAGUAUAAUAUUGCAACCAGAAGAAUUCGUACGAAUCUUGAAUUCAGUAGAUGAGUUCCAAAUACAGAUUUGUGGCGACAAUGUCAAUUUAUGUGGGCGACUGCAAUACUUACGCAUGCUCGAAAAAUUGUCUCUAUAUGGUGCACGUUAUCGAGCACCUUUAACCUGGUACACUAAUCAGUAUAAAAAAUCACAGUUACGUAUUUGUUGUUGUAAUGAAUUGGAGUCGUUGAUGACAGCAGAACCAGCAAACAAUAUUGUGCUAGAAGAACUAUACAUAUGUGGAAUUUACAAUCUCAAGACCUUGCCUGAUUGGCUGCAGCAUCUCAAGUUUCUUCGUUUACUAUCAGUCGAGAACUGCCCACUAUUAGAAACGGUGCCAAGGGGUUUAAAGAAUCUACAUAUGUUGGAAACUUUGAAGAUUGCCAAUUGCCCACUACUGGAAAGUAGAUGCGAAAGGGAAACAGGUGUAGACUGGCCGAUCAUCUCACAUGUGCGAAAUGUUUAUGUACGCUCCUCAGCCGGACAUGGAGAAGAGGUCGAGGAUGAAGAUUGGGCAGAUAUGAAGACUGAGCAGAUGAAGACUCGGCAUGAGAUCAUAGUUGCAUCUUAUGAAAUCCUUUAGUAAAAUUUCAUAAUUCUCAU